UCCAUCUGGUCCCAUUCAACCCUGGCAGCGAAACAAAACUCAACAAAUUAAUAAAUUUAUAAGACGAAACGUCAACAAUUUCGGGUACCAAAUCAAAAUAUUAUCUAAACAAGGAACCUAAAUCCAAAGGUUGCAGCACUUGCAUUUAUCAGAGGCUACUAAAUUCAAUCGGGUUAAUUAGCGAGAAAUGGCACGCGGACACCAGAAGAUCCAGUCGCAGGCGAAGGCCUCCGAGAAACAGGCCAAACUGAAGAAGCAGCAAGGACACAGCGCCAACGACCAGAAAAAGGCGGCCCAAAAGGCACUAGUUCAUGUGUGCGCCGUUUGCAAGUCGCAAAUGCCCGAUCCUAAAACUUAUAAGCAGCAUUUCGAGAACAAGCAUCCCAAGAACGACAUGCCCGAGGAGUUGAAGGAUGUCUGAUGUCAUAUAAAGGAUGAAUUUAUCAAGCUGAAGGAGAUCGACGAGUUGCCUACCGGUACGAAACCUUUGCAACAAUAACUUUACAUUAAAACAUAAUUGCCAAUGCAAAGGGCACAGCUGAACUUUGUAUAUACACUUUGCUGAUUUUUGGUUUACACAUUGAAAAUAACACCUGCCCAAAUGGUCACCAUAAUACAAAACAACAUACCACAUAGAAAGAUAAAUACGAUUGUUUUGAUUUUAAUUUUGAAUAUCCCUAAAAUACGACAAACAUUUACUCGUGCUCCAAUUUUGAUUUGGUUUAUGAACAACGAUUAUUACAAUAUUUUAUAGUUUUAUAUACGAUUUAUGCCAGAAAAAAUAAAACAAUCUUUUUGUACUAUAAACAAAUGAGUAAAUCAUGUAAAUGAGAAUUUAUAAAUUAAAUAAAAGCAAAAAAAAUUGUUAUAACUAAAAAAAACUUAUUUCGCUGCAGCAGCAUUGUCUUAUUGCUAAUGUCUAAAUGGAAAACAUUACCAUUACCAUUUACAUUGUUUUAAGGGUGAUGUUUUAAACCACAAAAACUUGAUUGCUUGAACGUAGUCAAAAUGUUAUGAUUUCUAGUCAAAAUGUAAGUUUUCCGUGUACAUUGUACAAACAAAAAGCACAUAUUGUUGAAAAGUUAAAAAAAUAAAUUUCGAAGUAGGAAUA